AUGGCGCUAGUCCCUGACUUUGAAGAACAAGGUAUAGAUGAUCUCGAGACAAUUCUUGUUCCUUUAGCACAUCAUUUGAGACCAAUGCUCCUCAAUUCAUGGAAAGAAAGAAGUAAGGUUGCAUUCACAAAAAAUGCAAAGAAAAUGAAAUGUUUACUAGAUAAUUUGCAACAGAGACUUGACAAGCCUUUCCUGAAUAUGCAAUUAUAUGAAAAAGCACUAAAUUUGUUUGAAGAUGACCAAUCAACUUUGCAUCAGCAAGACUGGGACUUCAUUGUGUUGCAAUUGGUCAUGUUGGUGAUGAAAUGUAUGUGCCACUUCCUCUUAGAUGUUGUUCAUGAUGAAGGAAUUGGUAUGGUUGGGAUGAGUGACCUGAAUGACAAUGUUGACAGUUCAAGUGCUGCAUAG